AUGUUUUCUGUGAAUUUGAAUGGUAGGGAAGAGCAAGAGAGUUCAUCAUCGAUGGCUUUAGGUGAAGUGGACUUCUUUUCUGAUAAGACUGAUCAUAUUCAUAUUGCUGUUGUCAACAAGGAAGAUAAUUCAGUCACCCCGAGAGAAUUAGAGUUGAAUACUGGUUUGCAACUUGUUACUGCAAAUACUGGAAAUGAUCAGUCAACGGUAGAAGAUGGGAUUUCAUCAGAUCGAGAUCGUGUGGAGGAUAAUAAGCUAGCCAAGAAUGAAUUGUCAGAAUUGCAAGUUGAGCUUCAAAGAAUGAAUUCCGAAAAUCAGAAAUUAAGAGGGAUGCUUGCUCAGGUCAACAACAAUUAUAAUGCACUAAAUAUGCAGGUUGAAGCACUCAUGCACCAACAAAAAAAUUCAAGUGCCGAAAAAAGGAAGAUUGGGGAAAGAAAAUCUCAAGAAAAGAAAGAGAAAAAUGUAGAAUCUAGAGAUUCAAGACAGUUCAUGGACUUGGCCCCAGCUACGAUGAAUGAGAUGGAUGAACCAUCAAAUUCUUCAUCAGAAGAAAGAACACUCUCUGGAUCACCUCACACCAACAUGGAACUGUUAAGAACUAAAAGGGUUGGAGGGAAAGAGAGCCUGGAAUCAGAUGGCUUGGCUCCUAACAAGGUUCUGAAAUUGAAUCCCUCGAAGCUUCUCGAUCAAACCCCAGAGACUGCCACGAGAAAAACUCGGGUUUCAGUUCGAGCAAGAUCAGAAGCUCCAAUGAUAUCUGAUGGAUGCCAAUGGAGAAAAUAUGGACAAAAAAUGGCAAAAGGAAAUCCAUGCCCACGAGCUUAUUAUCGUUGCACUAUGGCAGUUGGUUGUCCAGUACGCAAACAUGUUCAAAGGUGUGCCGAUGACCAAACAAUCCUGAUUACAAGCUAUGAAGGUAAACAUAAUCAUCCACUGCCUCCGGCUGCCUUGGCUAUGGCGUCCACCACCUCUGCCGCCGCCGAUAUGUUCCUUUCCGGCUCCACCACAAGUACUGAUGGGUUGAUGAAUACAACUUUUCCGGCGAGAACUAUUCUUCCUUACUCGUCUAACAUUGCUACAAUAUCAGCUUCCACUCCAUUUCCAACUGUUACAUUAGACCUCACACAACCUCAAAAUUCAUUACAGUUCCAUAGAACAUCACCUGCCCAAUUCCAAUUCCCUUUGCCAGUGCCAAUGGCUCAAGUUUUUGGGUCGAAAUUUUCGGGGCUCCAGAUGUCUCAGGAUAUCGAAUCCACCUUGCCAAGCCAGGCAGAGCACCACCACGCACUUAAAGUUACAACGGCAGCCAUUACCGCCGAUCCUAAUUUCACCUCCGCCCUUGCCGCCGCAAUCACCUCCAUCAUUGGUGGCGCACAUCCAAUCGUCAGUGACAACUCAACCAAUAAUAAUUCCAAUUGA